CAAAAGAAAAAGAAAACACAGAAAUCAAGAAAUGUCAGAGGUAGAAGAAGAAGAAGAAGGAUCAACAGCUGCAAUUACAGGUGAUGAUGAUUCGAGAAGCUUCGAUCUUCCCGAAGAAGUUCUUAAAGUUCUACCUUCCGAUCCAUUUGAGCAGCUCGAUGUAGCUCGCAAAAUCACAUCCAUCGCUCUCUCGACACGUGUCUCUUCUCUCGAAGCAGAGUCGUCGGAUCUCCGAGAACUCGUCGCCGAGAAAGAUAGAGAUAUUGCCGAGCUGCAAUCUCACGUUGAGUCUCUUGACGCUUCUCUCUCCGAUGCUUUACAUAAGCUUUCUCUCGCCGAUGGUGAAAAGGAGAAUUUGAUAAGAGAGAAUGCUUCGUUGUCUAAUACUGUGAAAAGACUUCAAAGAGAUGUCACUAAGCUUGAGGGUUUUAGGAAGACUCUUAUGAUGUCUCUUCAAGAUGAUGACCAAAAUGCAGGAACGACGCAAAUCAUCGCUAAGCCGACACCAAAUGAUGAUGAUACUCCAUUUCAACCUUCAAGACAUUCAUCAAUACAAUCUCAAGCUUCUGAAGUUGUUGAACCAGCUGCUGUUACUACAACAGACAACGAAAUCAAUGAUGCUCCUAAACCGAGUUUAUCAGCCAGUCUGCCAGUAGUAUUAUCACAAACUGCUACGCCCCGGCUAACUCCUCCUGGUUCUCCACCUAUUUUGUCUGCUUCUGCUACACCUAGAUCAACUUCGAGACCUAUCUCUCCUCGACGUCAUUCUGUAUCGUUCUCUACUACUAGAGGCAUGCUUGAUGAUACUAGAUCCUCUAUUUCAAUCUCAGAGCCUGGUUCACACACUGCAAGAACUCGGGUUGAUGGAAAAGAGUUCUUCCGACAAGUCAGGAGCCGAUUAUCUUACGAGCAAUUUGGUGCAUUUCUUGGGAAUGUGAAGGAUCUUAACGCUCACAAGCAAACCAGAGAAGAAACACUUAGGAAAGCUGAAGAGAUAUUUGGAGGCGAUAACAGAGAUCUAUACGUCAUAUUUGAGGGCUUGAUCACACGCAACGCUCACUGAGUGCUUGAUUCUUCUGUUACUCAAAAGAAAAUAUAUACUCGGAAAACUCAGGGUUCAAUCUGCAACAUUCCAUUCCUUUGUUUCUUGGCUGUCAAGUAAGUCCAACUGAAACUGACAAUUUGAUUGUAUCAUUUGUAUUUGUUGUGUAUCUAUUUAUCUAUCUAUCUCUCACAUCUUCAAUAAAUUACAUUUCAUCAUC